AUGAGUAAAUAUAUGUGGUGUAAGUUCGAUUAUGUAAGGACGAAUUUUACAUAUGAUCAGAAUAAUAAAAUUUAUAAAUUUAUAAGUGAUAAAGAUUUCAAAAAAUAUUGUACUAAUAAUUGUAAUACGGAUAUCGAUAAAAUUAAUGCUGCGUGUUUAUAUUUGUUUAAUGAACUCUUUGGGAGUUCUCUUUCGUUUCAGGUUAAUUCAAAAAAUAAUAUCAAUAUUGUUGAGUACAUUAUCAUAUGGUUAAGUUAUAUAUUAAGCCUAAAAUCACAUGAGGGAAUCACCAAUCUAAAUGAUUUUUAUGAUAAAUAUAUAACGGAUGGUGCAAAUUAUAACAAGAAAAUAGAUGAUGUUACUGCUUAUAAUAGUUAUAAGGAUCUUAUAGAUAAAAAGGAAAAUUUGAUGAGUAUUGGUAUUAAAGAUAUGUCUAAAUUUUAUGAUGCAUUUAUAUUAUUAUGUGACAUGUAUAUUGGGUUUGAAACAGACUCAAAUUGCAAUAAAUUUUCGGAACAAGCUAAAGAAUUUGCUAACAAAUAUGAUGAACUUAAUGAAGAUUAUAAUAAUGGUAAAGACAGCCCCUAUAAUCAAUUAUUAUCUAGAUUAUCAAAUGAUUAUUAUAAUAUUAAAAGUAAAUGUGAUUAUCCUAAAUCUAGCAACUUUCCAUCACUUCCAACAUAUUCACGAAGAUUAGUAAUAAAAAGGACACUAAUUCCAAUUGCAUUUAUAUUUGUUGCAGUAUCAAUUUUCUUGGGAAUUGCAUAUAAGUAUUCGUUACUUGGAUUUCGGAAACGAUUUAAAAAACAACAAAUAAGAGAAAGAAUAAAAAAUAUAAAGAAGAGAAUGAAUCAUUAA